AUGAGGUUUGACGUGUAUCUGGCUUGUGGUGUGGUGUAUCAACGGAGUUUUACAAGGGUGAAAUCCCCUGUCGCUUCCCCUUCAACCCUCUCCUUCCCCAUCCUUGACUCCUCCCCUGCCCCACCCCUGCUUCACCUCUGCCCCACCCCUGCCUUACCUCUGCCUCUCCCCUGCCCCACCCCUGCCUCACCUCUGCCCCACCCUGCCUUACCUCUGCCUCACCUCUGCCUCACCCCUGCCUCACCUCUGCCUCUCCCCUGCCUCACCUCUGCCUCUCCCCUGCCUCACCUCUGCCCCAACCCUGCCUCACCUCUGCCCCACCCCUGCCUCAUCUCUGCCUCUCCCCUGCCUCACCUCUGCCUCUCCCCUGCCUCACCUCUGCCUCUCCCCUGCCUCACCUCUGCCCCACCCCUGCCUCACCUCUGCCCCACCCCUGCCUCACCUCUGCCUCUCCCCUGCCUCACCUCUGCCUCUCCCCUGCCUCACCUCUGCCUCUCCCCUGCCUCACCUCUGCCUCUCCCCUGCCUCACCUCUGCCUCACCCCUGCCUCACCUCUGCCCCACCCCUGCCCCACCCCUGCCUCACCUCUGCCCCACCCCUGCCCCACCCCUGCCUCACCUCUGCCCCACCCCUGCCUCACCUCUGCCCCACCCCUGCCUCACCUCUGCCUCUCCCCUGCCUCACCUCUGCCUCUCCCCUGCCUCACCUCUGCCCCACCCCUGCCUCACCUCUGCCUCUCCCCUGCCUCACCUCUGCCUCUCCCCUGCCUCACCUCUGCCUCUCCCCUGCCUCACCUCUGCCUCACCUCUGCCUCACCCCUGCCUCACCUCUGCCCCACCCCUGCCCCACCCCUGCCUCACCUCUGCCUCUCCUCUGCCUCACCUCUGCCUCACCCCUGCCUCACCUCUGCCUCUCCCCUGCCUCACCUCUGCCUCUCCCCUGCCUCACCUCUGCCCCACCCCUGCCUCACCUCUGCCCCACCUCUGCCCCACCCCUGCCUCACCUCUGCCUCACCUCUGCCCCACCCCUGACUUACCUCUGCCUCUCCCCUGCCCCACCUCUGCCUCUCCCCUGCCCCACCCCUGCCUCACCUCUGCCCCACCCCUGCCUUACCUCUGCCUCUCCCCUGCCCCACCCCUGCCUCACCCCUGCCUCGCCCCUGCCCCACCUCUGCCUCUCCCCUGCCCCACCUCUGCCUCACCCCUGGCUCUCCCUUGCCCCACCUCUCCCCACCCCUGGAGGUGGGGCUUUAGUUCUUUUUAUUCAAACAAAUAA